GCUUUUCCAGAUCGCUCCAUCGGCGUCAACGUACUUUUCAUCAACUGAUAUCGAUGCUGAUGACUUUCAAAGACACAUACAACUUGUCAUGGGUACCCUGGGGACGGCUAUCGACAACCUCGAUGAUUUGUCAGUGAUAGUCCCUGGACUGCAGGGACUGGGUGCUACCCA